AGCAUGAAAGGAAGACUUGCAUCACGCUAUCUUACACAUUGCUGGAGAUAUCUGCGGUAGAGAUGCGCCGGCACUCAGCUGAGUGAAACAUGUAUUCUACUCGAUUCUGCCUGUUGGCAUUGCUUUGUUGGCCAUCAUAUAUCACUGAGGCACUGUGUGUAUGUAUAUAUAAGGUACAUGAUAUCGUGCAUCCCUCAUCCGCAAAACCUCUUUUCUACCUCUCGAGUUGAUGGAGCCUGAGUAUUCGGCUGACACUUUUGCGGCGGCGAGCAGUCUCCGGACCUCCACUUACAUAUACACGUCGAUGGCUACAUUUUGGAUCUACAGUUAUUCCUGUUCACUUCAUGAGGAGUGGAUAUUCCUGCUUCAGUCCCGCUGGACUAAGAUGAAGGGCCUUUAUAUUGUUGCACGAUAUGCGCCUCUUCUCUUAUUCACGGGUCGCCUUUAUAUGAAUUCCGCCCCCGAAGAGAACCCUAAUAAAUGCCAGAUCCUCGACAACGUCUGCUCAUGUUUCAGCCUAAUCUCAAUCAUUUGUUCCGAAUCUUUUUUCGUCCUCAGAACAUAUGCACUAUGGAACAAAAAUAGAUUCGUACUUGCAGCCAUGCUGGCCGCCUUUUUUGGUGCCGGCGCAGUAUCCGCUGGCCUGUUCUUCGCAUUUCUCGACACUACACCAUUUGAGACUAGCCCGAUCCCGGGUAUUACAGGUUGCUACCAGCCCUCGGGCAGCAUCGGGUUCUUUGUACCAUUUAUUCUCUUAUCUGUGCUCCAACUGGGACUCAUCUCCCUCACGCUCAUACGCGCUCUGCAGACCUGGCGGGCGUCUAACAACCAUCUGUCUUCCGUCCUGUUGAAACAUAACAUAGUUUACUAUGCAUGCGGUUUUUUGUGCUCGAUGAUGAACAUCCUCGCGUCGGUGCUCCUUCAUAAUGCCUACAAGGCCAUGUUCCAAGAUUUUCAGUUUGUCAUCCUCGCGAUCCUCGCCACACACAUGCACCUCCAGCUUUGGCAUAAAGAUCGGCACCAGCAUAGCUCUAAUACUGUUACGCUUAUUCCCAUGUCCGAAAUGUCAUCUGUGGGCCGUAGUACGGCGUAACUUCGUAGCGGGGAGGUCUAAUGUGGGUCUAGACAGUGCCUUUGAGAGGUCCUGGUUCAGGCAUCUCUGCAGCAGUAAUCUGCAUCUAUAUAUCGACUCUUGCUGUCGAAAUAGCCUUUCCAUCCCGCGGGGAAUCACAUUGCGUCCAAUGUCUUGUCGCCUGGCUUGUUCGACCUUCUUCAUGGAGGUGUGAGGUGACUCGUCUCCAUGCACGGGAGGUUUUAUUUUGAUCGGCGAGCGCAAGGAAUUCGGUAUGGAAAAAUUGAGCUUGGUCGGAUUCAGGAUCCACGCACUUAAGGGGGACUGCAAUUUUAAAUCAUGGGCUAAGGAGCCUAAGGUGCAUUGGGAUGGAGUUGGUCUGUAAUAUCGAUGUGUUGAGCCUCCAACAGACCUAGUGUAUCAAAUGAUUCGGAGGAUUUAGUCGAUGGCGGAUGUGUUCUUCCCCUGUGGCUCAGUGCCGGA